CUGGGGCUGGCGGGGAGGGAGGCUGGCACUGCGGCUCUAGCUGCGGCCUGGCAGGGGCCGGGGGGAUCGGCUGGCAACUCGCCUUCAAGUUUGCGAAGUGCAGAGGAGCCCGUGACCUUGUGCGGCGGCAGGAGGAGGAGCCGCGCUGGCUGUGGCUGCCCUGUCUUCUGGGAGAGGAGGAUCCAGGCAGAGAUCCGGGACUGGGCAGAGGACAGGGAGCAGCAGUAGACUUCAGUACUGAUGCCUGCUAAGACACUACAGGGUUGCAUGAAAUCACUUGGGGACAAUCUCCAACUGAGAGAAGGACUGCUACAGAGGCUGACAAGGGAAGCUGCUUGGUGAUGGUCCAGAGAUCCUGAUUCCUCAGCAGUGUUGGUGAUGGAGCUGAAGGUCUGGGUGGAUGGCAUCCAGAGAGUGGUGUGUGGUGUCUCUGAUCAGACCACAUGCCAGGAGGUGGUCAUUGCUCUGGCACGUGCAAUUGGUCAGACGGGGCGGUACGUCCUCGUCCAGAAGCUGCGGGAGAAGGAGAGGCAGCUCCUCCCCCACGAAUGCCCGGUAGAGUCGCUAGCCAAGUGUGGCCAGUAUGCCAAUGACGUGCAGUUCGUCCUACGGCGGACAGGCCCCAGCCUCACUGAACGGCCGUCCUCAGACAAUGCCACCCAGGCUCCUGAGAGGACAUUCAUCCGGGCCAGCCUGCCCAUCAAACCCAGGCCAGUGAGCACAGAAGUGCCCAGGUCCAGGGAGCCUAAAAAGUCCAUGACCUUUAACUUGGGCCCUAUGGGCCCCAGCGAUCUGUUUGCCAAGAGCAAGCUGAGGCAGCACAAGAGGGACAGUGCUGAUGUGAAGGACGGUGCCAAUGGGGGCCAGUCCUCCAAGGACGAGCUGUUUAAGACAGUGCUGCGUCAGCAGGAGCAGCUUUACUCCUUAGAGGUACAUGGGGAUUCCUUGGAAAUGGACCUUAGGUACUGGGAGCGCAGCAGGAGCACCAGCCAGGAGGACGAGAUCCUCUACCUGGAGCAGCUGGUCAGGCGGAAUGAGAUGGAGCUGGGCGAGGAGGAGUUUUGGCAGAGCGAGCUGCGCCUGGAGAAGGAGUGCGAGAGGGAGCGGCAGGAGAAGGUGAGGAGCCUGCAGGCCACCCUGGAGGAAUACACGCAGAAGAUCCAUGAGCUGACUGCCAAAACAGAGGCCCUGGAAAAGGAGAUCCAGUGGGAGAUAGCUGAGCGGGCCAAGAGAGUGAAGGAAGCACCUGCCCAGGGGCCUAUGGAUCUAGAUGAUGUGGCGGUCAAAAUGAAAAGGGACCUGGAAGCCAAGGUCAAGCAGAGUGCCCAACUGGAGAGCAGCCUGACAAAUGUGGAAAAGGCCUUGGAAGAGGCUGAAAGGAACCUUCAGGCCUUCUCCAUCCCAGCACAGACUCGCCUCCCCGGCCAACUGCCAAGCAAUUCCUCGGCAAUCCACGGAACCUGCAGAACCCGCUGGUGUCCAGCCUGAACCCCGAGGGUGUGUAUGUCUGAACUGGCCUCAGCCCCUUGCGAUCCUAAUGCCCAGUCUUGCCAAGAGCCCCUGCAAAAGGGCGUCUCUUUGCAGUAGGGGCAGCUUUAUCACCUGCGUGGAAGAGACCACGUUAUGACUCUCAGACCUCUGCGUUUGGGGGCUUUUUUUAUUCCUCUCUCGCUCACUCGCUGCUCUCUCUCCUUCUGCUGAUAUGGGACUGCAGUGAGUAGGCUGCUGUAGAACAACCGAGGCUGGGAGGUCCUGCCAUGCCUACCAUACGUCAUAGUGUGCUCAGGCCCAUAAAUAAUUGUUAACAAGCAGCAGCCAGGGCAGGGGAAGGAUGGGAAUGGGAUGCUGGGAGCUGUUUUUCACUAUGGCAGGCCAGGGCUGUGGCAUUGUGCAGUAUGGUGAUGCCUUAAAAGUGUCACGUUGCGUUGCCUGAUGUCUGGGCUAUUAAUAGAUGCUGCCAGGAAGAGUGAUGCUUAUAAGCUGUAGCAUCCCCUGGUUUCUGUGGUGCUGCUGGGGAGAAGCUAAUUGCUGUGGGAGCCUAUUUCUUUACUCUCAGUGGAAGGGCCAUCUCUGUUGUUGCAAGCCUGUUGGAAUCUCACUUUGCCAGGAUGUGGGCAGAGCACAGCAAGCCUCUUGACUAGCAAGGGUGGACAUUGUUCUGCCCGGGCAGUCACGCCUGCCAGGCUCUUGGACUGCUAUAACGCGUUACACUGCAUGAAGGGCUCUUGAAUCUCCUUGCCCCUGGGAGUAAGUGCAUGAGAUGUCCUGCUGAUGUUGGUGGAACAGCACCACUGGCAAUCCCAACAAAGCGUGGGUAGAGGUCUUGCAGGGAGGGUAUCUCUCUUGGUUUGAAUGGUUUUCUGCCAGCAACAGGGUCAUGGCUGUGCAGAAUCACUUGGCUUAGCAUUUCUCCCCCUUGGAGGAAUGAGCCUCCCAGCAUUUUCAACCUGCCUGCAACCUCCUCCAGCUUGUCAGGAUCAAGCCUUAAACUAAGCUGAAGUCCUCUAUGAACCUGCCUUGGAAGCCACACGUAGAGGAGGCAAAGGGCCACAAAUUUCUUGGCCUGUUAGAAACUGCACUUUCUUAUUCAAGGCCAAUGCCACCAAGGAAGUCAUGCUUCUGCCUGCCUACUGCUUCAGCCUGCAAGUCCUGACCCUCUACAGAUAUGACCAAGGGACAGGUUGCAAGGGUAAGAGGGUCAGGAGCUCUGGAGAAGGCCGAGAAUAUUCAGUUACAACCACAAUUGCACCUCUCUUAGGCAGUUCCCCAUGUCCUUCAGCAGGAGGUCCAACCUCCUAGAAGAACCAGUGACGAAGGGAGCUCCUUUUCCUCACCCCACCUCCUUGUUGAUGCCGUUCCUUUUCAGGAAGAGCUCUGUAGUCGGUGCUCCUGGACUCUGUAUUGCCAGGGGACGGUUUAGAUGUGGCAUGCCUCCUCCCUGUGUGACACAUUUCUUCCACCCUGUCCAUUAACUGUGGCUCAGAUCCCCUUGAGAAACAGCACUUGGCCUCCCAAGUGGCAAUAGACAUGCCUCCUCCCACUGUAGAAGCUUUGUGCCAUUUUAAUGUGUCCAUUCUGAUAUCAGAAUAAGCUGUGUUUAAAGAAAACCCCAUAAAUUAGGGAACAGAAAGGUGACAGAGUUUGGGGGUUCAGCCAAGGAGGGAGAAGAAGCCAAGCAGGGAUUUGUAUCAAAGAGGUUAAAUCCUUUAUCAUGAAGGGUGCUGAGGCCAGCAUUGGAGCCUGGAUAUUAACAGCAGCAUCCUGCCCCAGUACAAAUGAAAAGGGAAAGAGCCAAGGUCACUCCUACCUCGCCAGCAGAUACAAGGACAGCUAUGCACUUGUGGCCCUCUGACACCUUUUUGGGGCUCUAUGUGAAGGGGAUGGCUUUGCUGUGGCCCCACCACGCAUUGUCCUGGUGGGAGCAAAGCACACUUCUCCCCAGACUGAGCAGUCGCUUCUGAUUUGCUUGCAUUCCUUCAGCGAUCCCAUGGGAUUAUGUUUAAUCCUUCUAUCACUGCUUAUGCUGCAGGAGAGUGGGUGCUCGGAGAGGAGACAGCGCAGGGCCAUUUAAAGCCACGUGAACCUGUCCACUGACUGCAGGCUUUGGAGAAAACUUUGAGGGGAGAUUUGUCUACCCCAGAUUUCCUGGUGGCAGAAGUUUGUUCCAGCUUGUCCUGCUGGCAAGGCAGAGGGGGUUUGUCCACCACACCCACUGGGAGAUGUUUAAGAAGGGGGUGUUUUGUGCCUUCCUCAGCAACCCCCUUGCAGGCUGGGCAUCAAGCUAUCUCCAGUAUGCAUCAGGGACUGGAAACCUGGUUGCUGCCUUGUGUGUGCUUCUGAGCCUAGCCCUGGUGACUCUGCCUGGGCAGACUAUGGCACUUGAGUAACAGCCCCAGCUGUGCGGGGCACGUAGGGAUGGCUUUGCCCAGAUCUGCUGAAUAAGGUUUUCCACAUCCCAGGUUGUGGCAGCCCUGCCUUUUCCCCAGGACCAACUCGGGGCUACCCCACUAAUCGUUACAAUUUAAGGUGUGUGUGUGUGUGGGGGGGGGGGGGGUCCAUGCCCACUCACUUUUUAACAAAAGCCAGUGAAUCAUAAAAUCAUAGAAAAUGAGGGUUGUAAGGGACCUCAGGAGGUCAUCUAGUCCCAGCACCCUGCUAAAAGUAGGACCAUCUCCAAUUACAUCAUCCCAGCCAGGGCUUUGUUGAGCCAGGCCUUAAAAGCCUCAAGGAUAGAGACUUCACCACCACUCAUGGGAACCCAUUCCAGUGCUUCACCACCCUCUUGGUGAGAGAGAUUUUCCUAAUAUCCAACAAUUGCUUCUCUGGCUACUGCCCUCCUCUGUCAAUUUUUUUUUGGUGCCAUUUUUCAUGUCACAAGAGGCAAUGGAGAGGUAACCCUGGGUUGGUGUCUCCUGUGUUUUAGUAUCCAGAUACAUGCACAGCAUAUGCUGUGACUGCCUUGGGGACACAGAGAGACUCCAUAACACUAGCAUCUUCCUGCAUAGCCCUCUCUCUGGUGGUACAGCAAGAAGCCUGUGGUAUAGCCCAAAUGCAGUAAGGAAGAACAAACACCAACUCCUGCCCACAACCAUUUCACUAGCUCCCCACAAUGUUUUAGUGCGUGUUCCACCACACUCUUAGUUUUGAAGGCUAUAAUUUAAUAUCACAACAUGCACAGUUGUCACAUUCAUCUCCUUUUUCAAAUACUGACCCACCACGAUGGAAUCAGUUUAUUUCUGUAUGUCUUGUAGUCCUGUCAACAAGGCAGAGCACCCGGAGGUCGAAAGGCCCAACCAGUGGAGGACUGAUUGCCUUGCGAGUGUAACUAUAUAAAUACAAUCAUAUUCCGUGUGUGUAUAGAUAUAUAUGUGUAUAUAGAUACACAUACACAUAUAUAUAUAUAUAUAUAUAUAUAUAUAUUGUACUCCUUUUUAUCAUGAAUGAAUGUCAAUGGCCAUACAAGUUAUUUUUACAGAUUAACAUUUAAAAAAUGCAAAUAUAUCUUAUCUGAGUAAAACCACCUGUUUUUAUUACUUAUUUGUAUUUAAAAAAAAAAUAAAAUGAAGAUGCUAUGUUUCCAGAGAUCCAUGUAGCCCUCUUAUAAGAUGCAUCAAGUGAUGAAAAAAUAUUUUUUCUCUGAGCAAAUGAAACAGUGGACUGCCUUUGGGGGCUACAAGACUUGUCUGAGUUAAAUAAAUGAAGAGUAUAGUAGGUCUUCAGUGCCAUCCUCUGGGGUACACUUUCCAGAGAGCACUACCCAUAACUGCUGUUUAGUGAAGGAGCCAUAUAAAUGAGGACUGUAUCCUGUAUAACAUACUGUGAUUCCCACCCCCCACCUUGUUAAUAAUAAAAGAAAAAAAGAUAAGAAAAUGGAAGUUUAUUUUGGAAAGGUAUAGAGAUGUCUGGGGAAACACUGUAUAGCCCUGUGGAAGAAAGAUUUGUACAACCUGGAGGGACAAAUAUUGCUGGUAUUUAUUUAUUUUUGGUCUGGGACAAAUUGCGACUAGGAGUAUGUUGAAGUUGAACGUAGAGUCAGCAGAAACUUGCCAUGGUGCUGGUGGUGACAUUGUCUUGCUCUUUGUACAUUGUGCCAAGUACAUCAUCUUCCAACAGUGUCGUUUGCGCAGUAGCAAGGAGUUGAGGUGGAAUAGCUGGAGUGACAUCUGUUUCUUAAGAAAGCAGAAUUCUCAUCUUAGGAGUCCCUAAUUUCUAUUUAACAUAGUGGACUGUCCAGGUGAUUUUUAAAAUGGGUGUACUUAAAUGGAUGAAGUGUUGAUAAUUGAAUGAUAAACUGGCUUCUCUGUUUGUACACCAAGUUUUCAGCAGUCUUAACUACAUGGAGCUUAACCCAGUGUGAGAGUCAUUUCCCUUCUCUCCCCAGGGCGGUCUGUCUCUCUGUCAUAGGGAUCAGGUCACUAAAUGGCACAUCCACCUACUGUGCCACCCAGCUCUGCAAAAGAUUCGUCUAUACCUGGCUUUCUUAGCUUUGUGAUAUUCAUCUGCCUCUGAGACUGGUUUUGAUUAUAUCUGGAUCUUUGUAAGCAAGGGAAAGCGGGGCGGGGACAACACACACCACACAUUUGUUCCAUGAGUAAAGUCUGUACCAUUCUGUCCUAAUAUUAAGUGCAAUAUAUUUUGUUCCAGUUAACCAGUAGCUUCCACCAUUGGCUGUUUCUUUCCUAAUAGAGGUGCUGAAAAGAGACCUUUUCAGUAGUUGGGCAUUUGCCAUCCUUUCACUUCACUUCUCAAGAAAGCCUCUGUACCUCUUAAGUCCCUAAGCUAGCAAGCACAUUUAUGUUAUAAGGUGCUGGCUUACUCAACGUAAGCACACCACAGACUUUGGCUGCUAUGACCCUUAUAUAGACAGGGAAAUAACCCUACGAUAUACCAAGGGAAAGCUGCACUGCUCUCUAGAAUGCAUUGCUGUUCAGAUCCAAGCUGCUGGUUUAUUCUUUAUGUCCAUAAAACAUGUCUCAGUUGAAAGGCAUGGAACUUUAAAAGCCUCUUGCUGUUUUCCAUUUACCAUAGUAGCACACAUAGGCAGCUUCUGGGGUAGGUACUGCACAUACUUAUGACAUGGUCCCUACCUUAGAGGGCAUCUCUCUGCCAUUUCCAGGGUGCCACUACCACUCUACGUGCACCAAACCCAGCAAUGAAGCAGCCUUGGGUUUCUCCCAAGAAUGGAAAUGCUCAACAGCAGCAGCCAAGAGGGGUCCUCAUUCACCGCUUCAUUUCCAGUUUUACCACGUGCAAAUUGGGAGUGGUAGCAUGGGCCAGGACUCUUUGAGAACACCAUGGAUAUAGUGUAGACAUGCCCUGAGAAGCUUGCUGUCCAGUAUAUCAUUGGGCAUGGGUGUUAAAACCCCAGAUGAGGGAGCCCACAGAUUCUGUCCUUUUUUCUUUUCUUUUUUUAAUAUUUUAAUGUGUGCUGCAUUACUAAGGUGUAUUUACUGUGUUCUCAGUGGUCUCCCUAACUGAAAGGUCCAGCCAGCUCUGAAAACAGAACAACUUUCCCACCUCUUUGUUUUCCCUUUACCAGGUUCUCACCCCCACUGUGUGAGCUGUUUAGGGCUCACUGGUACAAACUUGAUGUCACCUAAGCCAGUUUGGUCUGCAGGGUAGCCGAGGCUUCCUGCUCUCAGUGCAAGCCCAUCUAAAAACUUUGUCUUGCAGCAGAACAAACUCUUCUCAUAGCUGCACAUCACAGGAUAGUGAUACAGGGAGAUAGGUACACAAUUGGCAACAUUUCACGCUGAGCUUUACUUGACGGCCAGUACAUUUUUUUUUUUUUUUUUUAAUUUUGUCCUGCCAUGUCUUUGUUAUAUUUUGAUUGUGAAAAAGAAAUGGGAAAGUUGUGGAUGGUGUGUGGGGAAUGGAUUGAUGUAGAAGGGUCCUGGGGUCCCGAUUUUUGCAGGGGGGAGGGUGGAAGGUUUUAUGAACAUCCUGUACAUUGUAUACAAAAGUGUGACUCGACGGCUGUAUUCUCUGUAAAAACACACUUUCCACGUAUGAAUGUAUCCUGUGUAAUAAAUUGUUGUCUGGUUUAAAUUUUAAAUAAACCUUCAGAAAGGAUUUCUGUAAAGUAA